AUGCCCUAUCGUUUAGAUACUCACGUUCUGACAGUGGAUGCAAACGUCAUCCACAAGGUCGAUACUGGCAAUCCUGCUAAUCUGUAUAGCAUGUGGACUGUCUUCUCUCGGUGUGCAGACUCCGUCGAGCAAGGUCGAAGACUAGAGAACCUUAGCUGGCGAUUGUGGCAAAGAGAAACCUUUGUUGUCGACAACGAAGAAAAGACAGCACCCUCCACUCAGACUCUUCCCCAGAACAUUCCUUCCGAGUCAAGGAUACCCGAUCUCCCUCAACUCUCCGGCAGCGUUGAGUCUCUUGUUGACGAGGAAGCUGUCGACUUCUCUUCCCUAUCAGCACCUCUUGAGAUCGCUCGCCCUCGUGUACGACGUCAAGAUUCUUGCGCCAGCACCCGAAGCAAGCGCGAACGCCACAUCAGCUCCGACGACUUCGAGAAGAUGAUCGUCUCUAUCGUCAAGGACAAGGGUCCUCUAUCAGCCCCUCCCCAUAUUGCUCCUGUUGCUAAGGAAGUUUUGCCCGUACCUCCCGCGUUCGAACGAUCCGGCUCUACCACUACCGAGUCUCAAUCGCCCGCGAAGUCCAUCUCAGCUUCAGAGGGCUCACCACAGCCUUCGCCUCCUCAGAGCCUUUCCCACACCACUGUUGUACGGGGCUUCUCACCUUCCCAAAUUCCCACCCCUCGAACCAUCUCUGCCGCUGCUCAAUCAACAGACGCCAUCCCUGAGCCCAAAUCGUCGCCUGCCGCCAAGGUAGUGCAGCCAAAGAAGCCUGCUCGCUUUGCGCUUGGUGGCUCUUGUUCUUCUAGUGAGCAGGAUCAGAGCCUAAGCAACAGCAAGCCCAUGCUCCCCAUUAUCAAGAAGCCCGUGUUCCAGAUUGGCGGUUCAUCUGAGGAGGAUGGAUCCCUUAAGAGCGCUAUGGUUACUUCGAGACCUGGCUCUAUUCUAUCUGCUCGCAAGAAGCAGGCCUCAUUCAGUAACAAUGUGAUGACUCGAACCAUCGAUGAUGAGGCUGCUGUGGACUCUGAUACCGACGACUACAUCGACGAGAGCGCCAUUGAUGACGAUGACGACUCCUCCGACUGGGAGGACUCAAUGGAAGAGAGCGGCAAAUCUAGCAUGGACGACAAGUUCUUUCAACGAGUCGACUCCAAGCCUAACCUGACCUCGCGACGAUCUCUUAUCACUCUUAUGCUCGCUCAGAACGACCGUGCACGCAACCUUGGCAACCAUGCCUCUCAGUCGACAUCGGCCAUUCCCCGAUCUCGCGUGGCUCAUGGCCCAUCUCUGGGUGUCUCACCUAAUGAUUCUGACGAGGCUCCCUUGAUGAUGAAGGGCAUGCGCGGUCCUGGCCUGAAGCCUAUUCACGAGGUUCCCCGAUCCAGCGCCCAGCCCAUCAUGACUGGUCCUAACCACAUCCAACCCCAGGCGGCACUCUCACCUCGCACCACCCGUCGUAACAUGUUGGCCACUGAGUUGACUGAGUCUCUUCGUCGCCAUCUCCUCUGGGAGCGACAGCAGAAGUCCUCAACAGCCAAUGCCGUUCUCAAGCGACGACACACAUCACACGAUGUUGCCAACCUGAAGCAGUACCCUGAGAAGCCUUGCUUGAAGCAGAGCGAGGAUGUAAACGCGAGCAGCUGGAACCAAUAUUUUUCAAAGGAGGCGAGCGACGGAUACCACUCCAAGGGGUGGUGA